AUGACCUCAACACCACGCUCUCUUUCUCGCGAUGAAGCUGCGGCCAACUCGCCUUUGCGCAACGCAUUUGCUUCAUCGUCCACCAAACCCCUGCAUAGCCCUUUCCUCUCCCGACGUUCUCGCAUCAGCAACGGUAGCCCAUACACUCGCUUGAAUCCGCCCAGUAGCCAGGCAGCAGGACAGCCGGAUGCAAUAUCCACAUCGAGUAGCACACUCGUCAACGCAGACAACACUUCCGACUAUCGUCCUUGGGAAGUGAGGUCCGAAUCUGGUUCCAGCUCCUACGACUCGCUCGCAGAUAUACGUGGUGGCAGGGCGAUAACCUCUCUUUCUGUGCUGGACGACAUUGGAACGCUCCCGUCUAUUCACAUCUCGCCUCUUCCUAGGCGUUCAGUAUCCCGCGCGAGCACAAGUGACCUCCAAGCAUCAACUCGGCCCAGCAACGACUCGACAAGACGCAGCGUCGAUUCGAGUCUGACACGAGCACGACCAGCACGCCAACUAUGCCCCGACGACUGCCGCUGCUCUGAUCAGGACAUCGAUCUGGGCUUGUGUCGUCGUGUGAUAGGGUCUUCUUCGUCCGGCUCCGAAUCUGGCUCGUUGUCCGUCGGAGUACACCCCAUGAGACGGAAACCUGCAGACCCGCUGGCAACUUCGCCACCACAGCUCCCGCAUCACCAUGCAGACACCGAAUCCAACACGGCGAAUGGGGUUUUCCAACAAGGGGACCAAUCUCAACACUCGUGGCAUUCGAUCUCCGAGCCUCGCUCGCAAGGGCGCGAUUUCGAAAAGGACCCCAUCCUCGUUCCGCGAUCUGCGCGGUCACGAGGCACCGGUGGUGGUGGCAGACGCUCUUCUAUCUCGAGCUACCAGCACUCCUUUGAUCAGCUACAGAGAGGCCUCGAUACACUCGACAGCAACGAAUCGGACGCCGACAGCGAUGCGGACCAGGCGCAGGCCGCGCAACGUCGUGCAGAGUCCAUGGCGCGCUGGACUGCCCGUCGCUCAUCCCUCUCACAGUCCAAACCUAAUACCCGCUCGCUCAGCACCAAAGUCGAGUCACCAUCGGAACCACAUGCUCUCCACAAGUCAUCACCGGUACAGUCCGCACCACGGUCGCUCGCAUCCGACGCAUCCAUGCCUCGACGCACGCCCGAUUCAAAGCGCACCGACGACGAAUACGCAACACCUCUCCUGCCUAGCCCGCUCAAGGCUACACCCGGCCGCAAAAGCAUCGCCGCGGUGUUCGAGUCGAUGCAAAAGGAGCGAGAGGCACGCGCCGCCGAGGAACACAAGCAGUGGCAGGAAAAGCAGACGCGGCGGGAACGCGAGCGAGCCGCUCGUGCCUUUGGUGUGCCCCUGCGCCGCAGGACGUCGGCCUCGAGCUCUCAGAUGGACAGCCCCGGAUCUGCGUCUCUUGUACCCGAUACGCCAGUGAGCCAAGGACAGACAACAGCGUUCCAUUCGAUGACCUCGAGAACGUCUCCGGCUCGCUCGGAGGCUGCGAGCGUAGCCAGCGCUUCUUCGCCUUUGCUUUCCAGUCCGGGCUCGCCCAAAGUCGAUGAUGGCGCAGCAGUCGAUGUUCAACCACGGCAUCCGGUGGAAGAGGCAGCAGGGCGGAUUCCGGAGACCUUGACUGAAGCAGAUGAAGUUUCUGAAGACGUAGAAGAGACCGAUCACAGGUCACAAGCAACAAAGAGCGAGAUCGAGCAAGAGGACCGAGCAGCAGUGGUGCCGACAACGCCGCAACCGAAGCAUGUUUCCGGCUUCGGCUUUGCAUCGCAGCCGAUGGCCCUCGACCUAUCGCCCGUACGAAGUAUCUCCGACUAUUCCAGCCCGGCCUCGUCGCCCCGCAAGAACGCACACAGAAGGCAAAACACCAACACCAUCAGUGUGGCCGCUCGACUGCCCUCCGCCCCGGUCGCAGCAGCGGGGCAGAGGUUCAACACAGCGCUUAGCCAAGGCUCCGAGACACCUGUUCCGCAGCCUGCACAGCAGCAAGCGCAGGAGUCGCCCAGGACGCCGUUCCCACAAACGCCGACGCCGACGGGUGGGAUCCUGUCGUCUGUGAAGAAGGGCUUGCCGCAGCUGAGCGCCGCACGGCGUGGGCACAGCGUACGGUUCAGUCCGAGACCGGAUUACCGAUCCGAUUCGGGAUCGUGGGACGAAAGCGGUGCGCAGAGCGUCGAGGCGAAUGACGAGUCGGACUCGCGAGAUGCGGCCGUGUCGAGGUUGCUGUUGCCUGCCAAGCAGAUCACCAUUCCGGACAUCUUGACUUCAGCGUCGAUGCCUGCGUCGGGCGCUGCAGCGGAAACGGAUGAGGAUGAGGAAGAGGAAGAGGACGGGGAAGAGAAAGAUAGGGAGGAGCGUAACCGACCGGAAGGCAGCGCUAGCGUGCAGGAUCUACCGGGAUCGCGCGGAUCGCCGCCGGUGAAAGUAGAAGCAGUGAGCCAACCGCAUACACCAGCGUCGCCAGCAGUGGUGACAGAUCCGGCAGCGGCGUCCUUCUCGCAGAGCGUGCGGUUCCCGGGAGCCUACGCCGCCACACCGGUCAAGCAGUACUCGAGACACGUCAUCCGGCCCAGUCCAAACGUCUCGCGCAUCUUGCCGGAUGUGAUACCUCCCGCCGUCCGCCCUUCCACCAUCGCGUCGGCAGCGUCCUCAGCAGCAGCAGCAGCGAUGCAGUACGGUCUGUUCCCAACCCGCGAUUCCGAAGGCUCGCACAUCCCGCGCGAAUCCACGCCCCCUCCUUCUGCGUCCAGAUCACCCAGCAUGCUGCCACCAGACGACCCACGCAACUCGCCGCGGUCGCCGCGCCCGGUCAAUCUAGGCCGCGAGCAGUUCGCCCGCUUCGAUGCGGGAUCCUCUUCUUCCUCCUCCUCCGAGGGCAGCUCGCUGGCAGGGUCGGUUAUGGUCCAGACCAGCACGGCUGCGAAUCAGAAUCGUGGCGGUGGCAAGGACGACGGCGUGAAUGCGACCAUCAGCAAGAUCUUGCAGACCGUGGAGGCGGCGCACGGGUCCAAGUUGAAGCGGCUGCAGUUGAGGCAGCAGUUGAACGGGAUGGGUGAGCGCGUUGGACGGAUAAGUGAGGAGAUGCCAGUGCGAAGUAGUGCCGGCUCGAAUGGGAAGUUGCGGGGGGAAGCCGAGGAGGUUGCGAGGCAGGACGAAGCGGAUCGAGCGCAUUCGGACGAGUUGAAGCGGCAGAUCAUGCAUGCCCUGGCCGUCCUAGCAGACCGGAUCGUCGCGUUGCAGACCCAUUCCCACACCGACAUGGACAUGACCUCGACCGAAACUGCGGUCGACACCAAGGUCGCCCCACGUAGCAGUGGUCGCCGAGGUCUUUCACGCCGAGCAACAUUGCUUCUUGUCGUCGUGCAAUGCGCACUCGUGGCCUGGCUGAUGGCGCUCGCAGAACGCAAAGCCGAGCGCAUGCGCAUGUACCACCCCUCGCCGCAACUCUCGCUGCUCUACUCGUCCAACGUCCAGUGGAACGCCCUCGCCUCGGACCCGCACCUCCAACCCCUCCUCGCCAUCCCCCUCCUCCACCAGCUCUACCACAGCAACCCGCCCCUACCCUCCCCGCACCACCUCCACUCGUUCUCCCACCAGGAACAGUCGACGCUGUGGCAGGUGUACAAGACCUACAUCCGCCUGAACGGUGGCUGGACCCUGGCGCUGCAGCUGAUGGUGUAUUGCGUUUCGCAGCUGAUGGCCUAUGCGACGCUUCUGGUCAUCGCCCCGCUGCAGGUGCUUUGGCUCGUCCUGGCCGCAAACGACACCAACACGGCGAAAUCGCGCUUUCCCGCUGCCGUGUGA